AUGCCCACAAGCAAGAUGAAGCGCAAAUUCGAAAAGCUGCGCACCAUGUCGCCGAUAACACUCGCUGCAGUUGCAAUGUCCAUGCGACCUUCACCCGGAGCCGCCAUUACCACAUUGUGCGCGCCCAUCGAGCCCAGCACAUAUGCGUUAUUAUCAUUCUCCUCGGUGCCUUUCGAAGCGGCGACCUCCGUCGCGAUGAUGGAUAUCCAACCGACAGUAUAG